GUUUUAUGCUUGAAGUUUCUGCGAAUCAACUCAUGUUUUUUAUACCAAACAUGGCGCCUUUCGAGUGUUUUGUGUAGAUCGAGUGUUGAGCCAACGAUUUUAAGAUCAUCUCCAGAGAGUUGCCGCCAUCUCCAAACCCGUUUUGCUUUGCCGUCCUAGUCCAGUAUGAGGGAGAUUGAGGCAUUGUGGGAGGAAGCUAGGGAGCUGAGUCUGGGGACCUCCGGGGGAGUGGAGAGGCUGGACUCUCCCCCAACCCCUCUCCAAUUCCUCAGAGACUUCGUGUCCCCUAACAAGCCCUGUGUUAUCUCCAACGCCACUCUUCACUGGCCCGCCCUCUCCUCCUGGUCCCACGAUUCCUACCUCACUCGAGCCCUCUCCUCUGCUCAUGUUUCCCUCCACCUUACCCCCAAUGGCCGAGCCGACGCUGCCGUCCCCAUUAAUUCCGACGACCCAUCUACCCUCUGCUUCGCCUCCGCACACGCCCUGCGCAUGCCCUUCCCGGAAGCUCUUAAUCUCAUCGUCAAUCCCCAUUCCACCAAUUUCGUGGCGUAUGCCCAGCAGCAGAACGACUGCUUCCGGUCCGAGUACUCGGCGCUGGCUCAGGACUGCGACGCUCACAUCCCUUGGGCCACCGACGCCCUCGGAUGCCUCCCCGAAGCUGUUAAUCUUUGGGUUGGCAACCAUCUCUCCGAGACCUCUUUCCACAAGGACCACUACGAGAAUCUCUACGCCGUCGUUUCCGGUGAGAAGCAUUUCCUGCUGCUUCCUCCCACCGAUGUUCAUCGUAUGUACAUCCGCAACUACCCUGCCGCGCGUUAUUCUUAUUCCCAGGACACUGGAAAGUUUACAUUGGAGUCUGAGAAGCCAAUGAGAUGUGUGCCUUGGUGCAGUGUGGAUCCGUAUCCUUCUCCGGAGGCUAAACACAGUGCGAUGUCCAGAUUCCCCUUGUAUUUCAACGGCCCAAAACCCUUUGAGUGUACGAUCAAGGCUGGAGAGAUUCUUUACUUGCCAAGUAUGUGGUUUCAUCAUGUUAGACAGAGUCCAGAUGCUGCAGGGCGGACUAUUGCAAUAAACUACUGGUAUGAUAUGCAGUUUGAUAUCAAGUAUGCCUAUUUCAACUUCUUGCAAUCAGUUCCUUACCAAUCUACUCAUAAUCCAACAUUGCCUGGAACAAUGUCUGAUGACUUGGAUUCGGAUUCAGACUGUGAUUCAUUUGCAUAUGGCUGUAAGGAUAAAUUAGGUGCUGAUGAAUCUGUGACAAAUUUACCCAAUGCCAGUGCUAAAGAAGAAUGAGGUCUGAUUUGUUAGUUUGGGUGCUAGAAUGUUGACGUGUGAUCCUCCCGGCAUGGAGAGAGAGAUCCUAGAAAGAAGAGAUUGCAGAGUUUUUGAAGCAAGAGAAAGCAUGCUAAUCUGAGUAAGAUGUUCUUUUGACCAGAGCUUGCAUUCUGGACUAGUCAUUAACGUGCAUCAAGAUGAUGGCUCACUCACCAUGGAUUUCCUCUCCUGGUAAAAAUUUGGGAUGUGCCUUUUCUUUUUACCUUGGUUACUACUUAUUACGAUGAGAAGUAACUUCCCUAAUUGUUAUGGGAUCGUUGAAUUGAAUUCCAAAGAUCUAGGUUAUAUACAUACAGCUAACAUUAGUUCCCUUUA